CCUACCGACUUCCAUAACUCAUUCACUCAAUUCGUCAUGAAAACCCUAAUUGUGCUUGCUAUUACGUUCCUUUCCCUCUCCCUGAACGUUGCCGCAAUCCAAAUCCUCUCCAAGUCGAAAGUCAAAAAAUGCGAAAAGGUCUCAGAAUCGGAUGGGCUCAACUGCACUUCGAAGAUUGUUCUUGAGUUGGCUGUCCCCAGUGAAUCAAGUGGGAGGGAGGCGUCGAUGGUGGCGGAGGUAGUAGAAGCGGAGGAGAAUUCUACCAGCCACAUGCGUACUCUACGAGUCCCUCCGGUGAUAACUAUUAAUAAAUCUGCGGCUUAUGCAUUGUACGAAUUGACAUACAUACGAGAUGUCGCUUAUAAACCCCAGGAAUUUUAUGUUAAAACACGAAAAUGUGAGCCUGAAGCUGGAGCAGAUGUUGUUGAAAUUUGUGAGAGGUUGCGAGAUGAGAAUGGUCACAUCAUUGAGCAUACUCAGCCUACUUGCUGUCCUUGCGGAGACCAGCGCAGGGUCCCAUCAUCUUGUGGAAACUUUUUUGACAAGUUGAUGAAAGGGAAGGCAAAUACAGCACACUGUCUUCGUUUUACAGAUGAUUGGUUUCAUGUCUUCGGUAUUGGAAAGCGGUCCAUUGGAUUUAGUAUCAGAAUUGAGAUUAAGACAAGAUCAAAAACAUCGGAAGUGAUAGUGGGGCCUGAAAAUAGGACUGCAAUAUCAAGGGAUAAAUUUUUGAGGGUAAACCUGGUUGGGGAUUAUGUGGGAUACUCUGAUAUUCCGUCGUUCGAUGAUUUCUACCUUGUUAUUCCUAGACAGGUCAGUCCAGGUCAACCACAAUAUCUUGGAAGCAACUUUUCAAUGUGGAUGCUCCUUGAAAGAGUCAGGUUUACGCUGGAUGGUCUUGAAUGCAACAAAGUCGGUGUUGGUUAUGAGGCUUUUAACAUGCAGCCAGACUUUUGUGCUGCACCAUUUUGGAGUUGCUUGCAUAAUCAACUGUGGAACUUUUGGGAUGCGGACCAGAAUCGAAUUAGUCGGAAUCAGGUUCCUCUUUAUUGUGUGCAAGGGAGGUUUGAAAGGAUAAAUCAACAUCCAAAUGCUGGAAGUCAUGCAUUUUCAAUAGGGAUCACAGAAGUUCUUAACACAAACCUUUUGGUGGAAUUGAGAGCUGAUGAUAUAGAAUAUGUGUAUCAAAGGAGUCCAGGGAAAAUUUUAGGUAUCACAGUGCCAACUUUUGAAGCUCUGACACAAUUCGGGACUGCUACAGUUACUACAAAAAACAUUGGUGAAGUCGAAGCAUCCUACAGCCUUACUUUUGAUUGCUCAUCUGGUGUCAGCCAAAUGGAGGAACAAUUUUACAUAAUGAAGCCACAAGAAGUAAUUACUCGGUCAUUCAAACUCUACCCAACGACUGAUCAAGCUGCAAGAUAUGCAUGUGCAGCCAUAUUGAAAGACUCUGAUUUCAGUGAAGUUGAUAGAGCAGAGUGUCAAUUUACAACUACAGCUACUGUUCUUGAAAAUGGAUCACAGAUUCCUUUCCAACCUCCAAAGACCAUAAAUGGUUUCUUUGAAUCCAUUGAAGAGAUGUGGAACAAGCUUUGGGCUGGCUUGGCGGAUUUCAUAACUGGAAAAAGUUGCAGAAGGAGAUGCUCUCGAUUUUUUGAUUUCAGCUGCCAUAUACAAUAUAUCUGCAUGAGUUGGAUUUUGAUGUUUGGUCUAUUUUUAGCAAUCUUUCCAACAGCUAUUCUGCUACUUUGGCUUUUACAUCAAAAAGGACUUUUUGAUCCUAUAUACGACUGGUGGGAGGAUCACAUAUGGACUACCAAAGAGAAACGGGGAGACAUAUGGAAGCAUGCCAGAGAUGCUGACCUUUCACUCAUCCGCAUGAAGAAAAGUCAUAGGCAUGAAAAGAGACAUCACAAGCAUGAUGCACAAAGGAAGCGAAAUAGUGUCAGUGGGCACAGGCACAACAGCAGAACAGCGGAAAGUGAUUAUCAUUAUUAUCUUCAUCAUGUUCAUAGGGAGAAGCAUAAGCAGGGAAGAGCCAAGGACUUGGCAGUCUCAGGGAAAGCUCACUUGUGUAGAGGAGAGGACGACAGAGCUAGACAUCAUAGAAGAAGAAAAGGAUAAAAGGCUAUAACAGGCACAGGGGGCCAGCAGUGAGGACAAGAUGAAUAUUUAAAGAAACAAGAAUCCCAUCUUGGAUUAUAACGUGAGUGCAAAAUGGAGAGAAUAGCAUAUUGGAGAACUAUAUUCAAUGUUAUAGUGUGAAGCACCUAUCUCUUCGUUAAUCCUACUCCAUUUUUGUUUGCAAAAUCACACCUCCCUCGCUUCUCAGACCAGUUCCGAUGAUUGAACUUGGACAUAAAAAGACUAAUACUGGAAACACUUUUGUGCUAGUAACAGCUAUACUUACUCUGAGAAGAUGUAUGUUUUGUUUCCUCCGACAUUCUUCUCCUUUUCUUUUUCUCUGUUUCCCUAGACCUCUUUUUUGUGUGUGUAUAUGUGUAAGAACCAAAAUUUUGUCACAUACUGAUCAAAAUAUCACCAAAUCAGUUAAUAUGGUGGAAGGAGGUUGUUGCUAUGUCCUUGCUGAUUGCUUCAUUGAUUCUUCAAAUUCUCUGGCAGCUUGAGGACAUUGA